AAUAAAUAGCUUAAAAGUAUCGAGUACUACAAUAGACGCCAUUUGAAAACGCGCCAACACUUUUUCAACCGUAUGUUUGUGUUAGUAGCGUGCCUAUUGCUUGUAUUUUAAACAAUUUUAAGCAUAAAACAAGCUAAAAAUAGAUAUGGGACGAAGGAAAUUACCUGCACCCAAAGCUACAGCGAAGCCUAAGCCACGACAACCACAACCACCAAGUGAUGAUGAAAUCUCCGAUGAUGGCCUUACGUUUCGUACACCGGAGCGGCAAAAUACUACAGACUAUGGCUUGGAAUUUACUACAAGCCGUUUGGCUGAGCUAAAUACUUCCCCGCGCACAAGACGCUGUUCCACAAUGCGAAAACAGCAGCAAGUAACUCAAACAUCUUUGGAAGACAAUGAAGAUGUUGAGAACAGGCCGCCUUCAUCGCCUACCCCGCCGGCUCACACAUCGCCGCAGAGGCAAGGCCAACGACAGCAAACUCAAAAUAGCAAUGCCGCUGCCGCUGGCUCUCGACGCCGUCGACAAAUGAGACCUGAACGUCGGGACGCGAAAAUGAUGCGCGAGAUGAUGCGUCUGCAAGCCAAUCCAGGUUUCCUGAUACCCCGCCUAUCUUUUGCUCGCGUAGUGCGCGAAGUCUUAUCAAUCUAUAAUAUCAGUUCUAUAACAUUAACUGGCAUGGAGGCGCUGCAAACAGCCAGCGAGAUGUACGUGACGCAACGCUUCCAGGAUGCCAACAUGCUCACAUUAUUUCGCAAGCGAGUCACACUUGAGGUGCGCGAUAUGGCGAUGGUGGCAUAUUUUUGCCGAGCUCACGGAUAUCUGUGAGAUAAUUAAAAUAAUGUAAUGGAUAUGUGGACCUGAGUUGCAGUAUUGAUAGUUCUUCACUUGUUAAAAUGAUUUUGAUUUUUCA